AAACAAUCAAUGGCGGGUUAUUACAAUACUUGACAAAAGUUAAAAUUAUAAAAUUAUAUGUUUUUGUAAACCCCUUACAAAUUAAAAUGUCUGAUCGUCGGCCUUCCAGGUAUGACUUUCUACACGAAAAUACUUUUUGACAUAUUCAUGAUAUUAACUUAUUCGAAAAUCUAAAUAACGGUAAAUGAAUGCAGAGUUAAUUCUGUCACUAAAUUUAAAUCUAAGUAAAUGUAUCCCUAAACCUCCCUAACCUGAACCCUAAAUCUUAGCCUAAAUAUAUACCUAACCUGAACCCUAAUUCACGGCAACUUUAAUAAUAACACGUAAAUGACGUCAGGGUGAUAUCGCUUACUCUUAGCUUUGGCUUUAGACUAAAGUUUAGUUUAGCCAAGCCAAAUCAAAUCAAUACUAUUGACAAUAGCCUAUAUAUAAUAUUAAUAUUUUUAUUUUAAUUAUUAUUUUUUUAAGAAAUCAUCUAUUAUAUAAUAAUCAAGCCUGUUAACCCACGGAUUAGUGUCAGAGUAGUUUUCAGCUCUCAAAAACGUAGUUUCAAGUUCCAAACAAUAGUUUGGUCAAUUAGUGGGAUGGGGGAGGGGGGGGAUUUACAAUUUAAAAAAAAACAAAGUCACGAAAUCUGCUCCACUGCUUAGCACCCCAACUAUUUAUUUGUUAUUAAAAAUAAACCAAACGAAAAACUCCAGAAACUAGUUUUUUUAGGUUCAUCGUUGCACCGUACCAUAGUCUUACGCCUAGGCUUAAACUUAAACACAUAGUUACUAUGGCAAAAGCGUAAGUAGGGGUAAGCAGGUCUGCUAUUAGUGCUAUACUCUGCUAUGGCUAUAGUUACUAUAACUGUCUAGUCCUGAAGAAUGACAGGGCCCAAAAUGUAUUGAAAUUUUAUGACUAUAUUAGGAAUAUAACAAAAUUGAUGACAUUUCUUAGGCUUUAUAAAAAGAAACUUGAAAAUGCCUGAUAGUGUCACAAAACGCCCACACUGAUGACAACUUUAAUAUAAACAACCAAAAAUUUGAGAGCGUGGCUACAUUAAAAUAUCUAUGGGCGACUAUAAACAAGCACAAUAAAAUAAUUUCGGAGGAGAAAGAAAGGAUAACACCAGUUCCUAUUUCAGCCUACAAAAGCUACUGGGAAGCAAAAACCUCUCAAGAGCAACAAAGAAGACAAUAUACACCACUAUCAUAAGACCAGUAGUAACUUACGCUCAUGAGACUUGGUUCCUUAACAGAAAAGCAGAGAUUGUUUAGUACUUGGGGCGGAAAAUCCUCAAAAAAUUAUAUGGCCCAGUGAUAGAAAAUGAUGUCUGGAGAAUCCUUACAAAAAGCUAUACCAAUUGUACAAAGACCCACCCAUAGUCCCAGCAAUAAAAAAAGGCAGACUGGGCUGGGCAGGACAUAUUGAAAGGAUGCCGGAUUGUAGAGCUGCAAAAGUGAUAUACAGGCAUAAGCCUUGGAGCAGACAACUCACCGGUCACCCAAGACUGAGAUGGAUCGACGAAGUAGAGAAGAAUUUACACUAGUUGGGGGUUCCCGCAUGGUGGCGGAAAGUCAUGUAUCGUUCCAAUUGGAAGGAUGUAGUGAGGCAGGCCAUGGCCCUACAUGGGCUGUAGCGCUACUUAUGAUGAUGAUGAUUCCUUUAUAAAAAAGACAUAUGACACACACUCACACGAAUGGCUUAUUAUUAUAUUAAUUAAUUAGGCUUCGGAAUUAGGGUAAAAAUUGGUAUGACAAGCCAUUCAUUUCCUUGCGCCAAUUUUUACUUAAUCAGGUUUUGAUGUAUUGUAUCCUCCAUUAAAAUUAUGACUUUUCCAUGGCCUGUAAAUGUAUAUUUAUUUUAGGAAAUACUAAACAAGUAUUAUUUUAAAGGUAUUUUCUUUUAAAUCUAAAAUUAUUUGAGUAAUUUUUGGUCACUUUUCGCAAUCCAUGCCACGUUGAGUUACUGUGUAGGAUUCUGUCCCUUUUGUUUAUUCUUGGAUUACUAGAGUUAACUUUUCUUAAAUGUGAUGAUGGAAAGUUUUAAAUUAAAAUUUCAUGGGUAGGUUAAUUAUAAUUUUUUAAUUUUAUGGUUUUUUAGAAAACAUGGGUAUAUUAUUGUAUUAUAUUAAUUUUCUGACAAAUUUUGGAUUUUCUUUUUGGUGGAACCUGAAAUAAAGUGUGUAAAAGUAAGUGUAUUUUAUGAAACUGAAAGUUGGGUUUCCAUUAUUUUAAAAUUAUUUGUACGGUAUUGUUUUUUCUUUAUUUUUACAAUAUUCUUACCACAGUAUGUAACUGUAGCCGCAUACAUGUUUUGGUUGAGGGAAGGGAGCAUGUAACGGCUGAAAUUAUAUGAGAAAGGGGGUCAUGGCAGGUGUUAGGAAAUUUUGCAGCAUAUCUAGAGGGAUAUCGGCUGAAAUUAUUUCAAUUUUUUACGUUUUGUUCCUAUUUUUGUUUCCCUCAGUAAAUAGCAAAACCAGCAGAUUCUCUCCAUUUCCCCACCCAUUUUAGCAGACGUGUGUUUUUUUUACAUGGUGACCAUCUCGGUUGCCACAGGUCAUGGCAACCAAGAUUGCAGCCAAGGGAAAUAAAUGGUGCAGAUUGCAUAAAUUUGCCAAGUUUUUAAAUCCGAGGCUAACCUAAACCUUUUUUCACGCCCAUUAACUACAAAUCAAAGAUAUUUAAAUAAACUUGUAUAAACAUGUGUGUCCUUCAAUUAACACAUUUGAUAUAUUGAUAUCUUCAUUAAAAAUAUAGUCAAAAUUUUGAAUGCUCCUAAACUGUAUCUUUGAAAAAUUGUAACACAUAGACUUCUUAUGUGUAAAGAAGAAUCUACAACCCGAUGUUCACAUUAUUUAAAGAAUAUGGUUAUUUUUUAAAAAUUAACAUCUCUACCAAAGUUAAAUCUGUAAUAGUAACAUAAACUGACCUGGAGAUAUUGAUAUUUACUUUGUUAAUGGGUUUGAUGUUAUUGGCAAUUUCUAAUAUGAUCUGACUGAACCUUUAUUAACCUGAAGUCUGCUCUUGUCCAAUGAAUAAUGCCCUCUUUGGUAAUAUAAGCAAUUAGCAAGCCAUAGUUUAUAAUGAAUAUUGUGAUCCAUUGUAGACUUAGUUAGCCUUUUACCUAAGAUACACACAAUUAAAAGAAAACCCAAAGUCUUAUGUAUAGACAAUAAAUCAAUGCUUAAAAGUAAGUUCGUAUUAAGUUUUACCAUAUGGGAGAGUCACACAUAUUUUUGUCCCAACUGUACAACUUGGUUGUUUUCAUUUACUGUUAACUAAUUAUUGAUACAAUGAAAAAUUAUUUCAGGAUCCGUAAACCUGUUAACUACUCUGGAUUUGAGGAUACUUCUGAUGGUAGGAAACAUACAUUAGUAUUGGUGAAGUCAAAGUAAACAUUCUGCCUGAAACUUCUAAAUUAUUAUCUCUUAUUCAAAUUGCAAAACAGGGGCAUUAAAGUAAAACUGAAGUGGAACUGAAAUUUUGAAUACUUUGAAAAUGUGGAUGUUCGAAGGGGAGGGUACUAUCUUACCUAGAACCAUAAAUAGCAAUUUCUAAAACAGACCAAAAAACAAUCCUUAUUUAACCUACUUUGGACCCAAACACCAGCCUCUCUACCAGAUCACAUUCUUUCAUUUAUUUAAAUAAAUGAUUUAUAACAAUAUUUGGACAUAAGUGAAGAUAUAGUUAUUGUUUGUAAAUUGCCAGUAACUCCGGAUAAUUUUAUAAAUAAUUACAGUGUCUUAAUCUUCUUUUAUUUUCCCUCAAAUGAAAUUUAAGGUUUCUUACAUUUUCUUAGAUUUACAUUUUGCUCUUAGCAUUUGAGUAAAAAAAAAAUGACGAGAUCAUUUUCAUAUUUUAGUGUUGAGAGAAAAACCCACUUAAAAUGAAAUGAAUUACUUUGUAUAAAAUGUUCUUUAUGUCUUCCAUUCAUUAUCAGAUGAUUUUGCCAACAACACUCCGCCUCCAUCCAAAAAGCCUAAAGCAGAAGUAAGGGAUACAAAGUCUAAAAUAUCAAAAUCAUCACCAAAGGCAGGACAAAAAGAAUCAUUGAGUUCCAGUAAUAUCUCAACCCCAAUAUUGGACAGUGGCAAGAAAAGGUGACGUUCAAAUAAUUUUAUAUUUAUUUUUUAGAUGACACCCAUAAUAUUAUCUGUGGUUGUAUUUUGUGGGUGCUCCGUUUUUAAUCCCAAACCUUUUCGGUAUUGUAUUCUUACUUUUGUAUUGGGGUUGUUUUUAUUUUUUGAGGAUUUCAUCCUGCGUAAGAAAAGGGCUACCUUGUCUUCAUUACAUAGCGGGGGCCACCAUUUGGGUAAAUUUUAGUAGCAACCUCUUAGCUGUUGGGUACAUACUCUACUAUAUUGUUACGCACUGGCUUCUAUUGUGAGAAAUUAAUCUCCUAUUCUAAAUUUUAUGGCUCGUUCAAACAGUGCCUAACAAAGGAUGAUACCAUAGAUAAAUACAAUAACAAAAUUACGACACCCAAAACAGUUGCCAAUUACAAUUAAUAAGAUUUAAUUUCGUAAUAAUACAAGAACAAAACAAAAUAAAUAUAAUGACAAAUCAUCAACUUACAGAGUAUGGUAGAACUGGUACCUGUACACAAUUAGUACAAUGUGCCAAUGAAUGAAGAAUGCAAAUAACACAAUAUAAGCACACAAAGAAUAAUACACGUCUCGUAAAGUUAAAAAUAUCUAUCAAUCUAUCUGAAUCCCCCCUCGCAAUGUGCCUGUCAAUCCCUUUAUAUAUGGGGGUCUACAGACGCGUAAGCCCUGCCUUCCAGAAGCUACUCAGCAUUUGUUUACAUAUCUAGAACAAUCGCAAACAUUCUGCAAAAUACUUGGAGACAGUUCAACCAUAUUUAAUUGGAAAGGCGGUAGUAAACAAGAUACAUCAAAUGAAUAGGCCAUGCCCACAACAAGCGCUAACGUUUGCUAGGGAUCUAAUUUGGGUCAAGCAAAGUUCAAGCACUGGAAAAUGGUGUACUACAUAACAAUAUGUUAUAGUGCCACAUGUGAACUAAUUUAUGGAAAAAGAUGUUUUGUGUAGAGGGUAUAUGUGUUGGCUUAUCUAUUAUGCCCACAACAAGCGCUAACGUUUGCUAGGGAUCUAAUUUGGGUCAAGCAAAGUUCAAGCACUGGAAAAUGGUGUACUACAUAACAAUAUGUUAUAGUGCCACAUGUGAACUAAUUUAUGGAAAAAGAUGUUUUGUGUAGAGGGUAUAUGUGUUGGCUUAUCUAUUAUGCUGAGUCUUUGUAACACAUUUGAGUAUGGGGAAAUGACAGUUAGUUUGGUUGUUAUGGUGUGGAUCGAUGUCUGUGCUGUGUUGGUUUUUCAGAAUGUAUUGUAUUUGAAUAAAAAGACGUGUGUUUUAUGAAGUAUAGGUUUGCGAAGUUACUACUAUAACCCCUAGACAAAUAAGUCUGACAUAACUGUUUAAGAUCAACGUGACAGUCAUUUUAUUUGUUGAAAAUAAUGCAGUUGCUCUUUUUUAAUAAUUAUGAUGAAGAAUGAAAUAUAAUUAUUUUGAUCAUUGAUAUCUUUUUGUACAUUAAAUUUGUUUUAUGAUUAUUAUUUAUGGUUACAACCAUAUUUCAACCUUUAUGACUUUAAAAAAGUAUUAUUUUUAUUUAUUUAUUAUUUUUUACUACAUUUUCAGACGUUUACCAGUAUCAGAAAAGAUAUAUGAAAGGGAACUGAAAGAAGCCUUACAAAUUUCAUUGUAUGAAACAGGAGGCAGCCAGGAUGUGGUAGUUCACAUUGAAGGUUUUGCAAAAUUUUAGAGACCUGUAAUUUUUUUUUGUUUGUUUUAUAAGCACACACUGCUCUAUAAAACUAUAUCUGAUAACAAUGAAAGUCAUUAGAACAACACAUCUUGGCGCAAAGCAAUUUUUAAAGAUUUGAACAGCUAAGUUAAUUACAGAGAUGUUUUAUAUGUGCUACAUUGUGGAAUUCCCCCCCCCCCUCCUCCCCCCAAAUCACUGAAUAACAAAGUAAUUUUUAUGUAUUUAAAAUAAACUAUUUUAAUAAUUAUGCAUCUGCCAUAGAUGAAAAAACACAAGUUUAUUACUAACGAUUACCAGGUAUAAACCUAUAUUUUAAUUGUUAAAUACAAGAGCCUAGCAACAAGAAUUAAGGAAAUAAGAAAUUUUGACAAAUGAAAAUGUGCCUGACUUUUGAGCCAUCCAGUCCAUGCACUAAUUUUAAAAAGUUAUACGGUACAAAAAUUAAAAGAUGAAAAUUUUAAAUAUCAAUUUAAACAUGAUUUUAUUUUAGUUUAGAGCCUCAUUUUUUCCUUUCUCUAAUAUUGUAACUUAAAUAAACAUAAUUUAGAACAAUAUCAGACCUGUUUACCCUCAGACUCUUAAAAUCGUACACUAUCAUCACAAUGUCAUUUAAUACGUUAUUUUCAUAGUAAAAAAAACAUACAGUAUAUACAAUCUAUACACCUCAAAAUCGUACAUUGUACGCCAAAAUUGUAAGAGUAAACAGGUCUGCAAUAUACAAUUUAGCAAGCUUUGAACAUCUUCUCUUUUUGCUACCAGUUUCUUAAUUUAACCAGCUGUUUAAAAUUCUGUAUGUUAAAAUACAGAUUAAAUGUCUUAGCUUUUAAAAGAUUCUGUAUAUUUAAAUAACGAUAAAAGUUCUUAAGGUUUUUUUUUUCAACAAAAAAUAAAGCAACUUGAUCAUUGACACAAACUCAUAUUCUUUUGGGUGCAGAUAUUUUCUUUAAUCAUUGUGCUAGCAAGAACAUGUGUAGGCUUAGCAACAUGUUCCAAUGUAACUCAAAAUAUUGAUUUGCUAGAUUUGCUAGUGAUAUAUUUUUCAAAUUAAUUUUUAAAAAUGUUGGUAGAAUAAAUAGUUAAAUAAUUUUUUUUUUUUAAAUAUCUGACAGGGUUGUCAUUUAAAAAAUUUUUUUUUAAAGAUUGUGGCUCAAGCAGUUCUACGCAAGAAGAAAAUUUAAAAGCCUCUAAUUGUGAUGAUGUGCAAGAAGCAUUUGCUCCUAGAAAAAAACUAUCUGAGCAAGAACCAGAGAAGAAAACUAGGACAAGACUAAAGCAUGACAGUGGCACAACUACAUUCACUGGCAUUGUAGGAACAGUGAUGGAUGAUAGUAUUGAAGUUCUAGGCUCACUUGUUGAUAAUGAUAAUAGUAGAUUACAUUCAAUUGCACAGGUGACUCCAGCUACGAGACGUUCUCAAAAGAAAAAACAGAAAUCUGAUGAUGAAAGUGAAGGUAAGAUAAUAAGGUUUCAAUAACUAUGAAUUGUUAUUAAUGUUGUUUGAAAAAUAAUCCUUGACCUUUUUCCUUCUUUUCCUUUUUUUUCACUGAUUUCUAUUAAAGUUAAAGUUUCUCGAGCGUAACAUUUUUUUAACUUGAUUUUAAUAACAUGUUGGUUGUUAAGAUUGUAUUGCCAUUGCCUUUUUUUUUUUCAUAUCCAAUACUCUCCAGAAGAUAGUAGUGAUUUAGAUCUGGAUCAUGAAAGUGAAGAUGAUGAGAACAGUAGCAGGGA